UGUGUAUCAAACACAGAGUUAAGAGGUUGACGUUAAACUCUUAAGAUAUUUUCUAUAUUUUAUUUGUGAGACCGCUUUAUAAUGGCUUGUUGUAAAGGGCCGGGGUACUCCUCUCCUUUAGACGCGUUCAAAAACGGUGCCAGGGAAAAACUUUUGUACGUCGUCUGCGUACAACCUGACCUUACUAAACAAGAUUAUCUUGCUACUGUCGACGUUGAUCCAGAGUCUCCCACUUACAACCAGGUGAUUCACCGUACAUACACUGGAAGUGUAGGUGAUGAACUACACCACAGCGGAUGGAAUGUAUGCUCCAGCUGUCAUGAUAAUCCGGACUUAAAGAGAAACCUUCUCAUACUCCCCGCACUACAUUCUGCUAAAAUUUUUGCAGUCGAUGUCGGCACCAAUCCUAGAAAACCUGAGUUGCAUAAGGUGAUUGAUGGCGCCGAGAUGAAAUCGUUCAACUGUGCAUAUCCUCACACGGCUCAUUGCCUCGCAACCGGCGAUAUUAUGAUUUCAACUAUGGGAGAUAAAAAUGGCAAUGGAAAGGGCGAUUUUAUACUCGUCGAUGCUAAGAAUUUAAAAGUAACAGGUACAUGGACAAAAGGAGAUAAAAUUGCAAAAUUCGGUUAUGACUUCUGGUAUCAACCAUACUACGAUGUCAUGAUCGCAUCUGAAUGGGGCAGUCCCAAGAGCUUUACAUGCGGUUUUCGUCCAGAAGAUGUUCCAAACAGAGAUUUGUAUGGAGCCUCACUGAACGUCUACAAGUGGUCUACUCGAGAACUGCAGCAGGUGAUAGACUUAGGUGAUGAAGGUUGUGGUCCUCUUGAGAUCAGGUUCCUUCAUGAUCCAAAAGCCUCGCAGGGUUUUGUUGGAUGCGCCGUAGAAGCUAACAUAUUUAGGUUCUACAAAGCUACGGACGGUACUUGGAAAGCGCAGAAAGUUAUCGAUAUUCCAGCUAAAACUGUCAAAAAAGAUGGUGAGGAGUUUAAACUGAACGGUUUGAUGUCAGACAUACUCUUAUCUUUGGAUGAUAAAUAUUUGUACACUUCAUGCUGGCUGCACGGUGACGUUCGACAAUAUGACGUAACGGAUCCGGAACAUCCGAAAUUAAAAGGCCGAAUUGUCCUCGGCGGUAGAGUUGUUAAUGAUGAUUUAACUGUUAUUGAAGACAAGGAAUUUCAGGAGAUGACACAAAAACCCGUGUAUGUUAAGAACAAGCGCUUGUACGGAUCGCCUCAGAUGAUCCAACUGUCUUUGGACGGAAAACGACUGUAUGUAUCGUCGUCUCUCUACUCUCCUUGGGAUAAACAAAUUUAUCCGAAAAUGACAGAGAAGGGUGGAUGGUUAGUCAAGCUCGAUGUGGAUAUAGAAAAUGGUGGCUUGAAAUUGGAUCCAGAUUUCCUCAUAGAUUUUGGAUCUGAGCCAAAUGGACCGGUGCUGCCUCAUGAGAUGAGAUAUCCUGGAGGGGACUGCACGUCGGAUAUAUGGCUGGUGAAAGAAUAAAA